AUGAAUCCAAAACAGGGAGCGGUAGCCGCCAAUGGUAUGAUGGUCAAGCGUAUGACGCCUGCCGAAUUCUGUGAUUAUCUAGAAAACCUAAGACAGAAUUCUCAAGAGUCCAAGAUCUCUAUAAAUCGUCGCAAGCCGAAAAGGACAAAAAAGAAAGGUAAGAAACGUGGGAAGAAAGUCAGGCAGCCAAACGCUAAAAAGUGGAAAGGUGGCGCCUCUAAGCAGAAGAAUGGGGUUAAACAAGAAUGA